CUCUCGGCUUAAAAGCAGCCACGAGCACUUACCAGAAACAAUGUCUAUUAUUUGGAAACGAUGAGAGGUACAUGAAGAAAGCCAAAGGGUGAGAGACGUGCCUGGAUAGAGUACCUAACGAACAACGACGUAAAGAAGAAAAGGCAGCCCCUUGUCCGGUGAGUCUGAAAGGGACAAUCGUUGCGUUCAUCAAUCAUGCAGAUGGGUGGUUCCAGUGCAGCGGAGUAAAAGCAAAACCGUGCCAAGACGUGAUUACGAGUGCGCACCCCGACAUCAUUAGUUCGUGGCCAUGUGACAAGACCUGUCAUCUAGAAGAUCGCACUGCACAGAGGGACAUUUAUCAUUACGUUAUCUGCGCACUCUAGGACAGAACUAGCCGGGUCUUCGCUACAGAUACGUUCCUGAAUCACCCGCAGGCCCGGAUGCCUGACGUCGACGAGCUUCCCGAGUACAAGUGCCUCAAUCAGCAACCCUGAAGUGGUAAUUGCAUGGAUUACUGUAGCUUGAAAGUGAGAUUUUUAACCAAAGGAAGGAAUCUCAAAAGUCUGCUGAUCUAGACGCGUCACCGGGUUUCGAUAACGACGCCUCAACUUCCCGCGAAGAGAAUAAUGGAGAUGAGUCAGCUUCCAAUGCGUGGGCCCAAAUGCAAUAUUCUGCCUGUCCAGUCUUAACCAGCGAAUGCUGUUAGUCUGUCUUCUUGUUCUGUCAAAUUCAUGAAAUGAAGAAAUACCCCUUCGGACAUAGGAGCAUGACGAUCACAGUGGGAAGGUGAAACCACCCAGAGUUUAAGAAGGGCCGAAGGUGAUUUUCCCAUUAACAUUGCAUGAAGCUGUGCUGUGAGAAGGAUGUAUGCCGCCGGUCUUCGCGUACCCGUUGGCAAUCUCAGAAGUCGCCGAAAGAGCAGUUUAGCGGGUCUCAGCGCCUUAGGACAAAAAUGGGUUCGGGCCACGGCUCGUCUAAGCGGGAGCCGUAAGCGCUCCAAACGGCUGGUUCUCAAUGUAGGAGGAACACACUUCGAGGUAUCGAAGCACCUUCUGGACCUGUACCCGAAUACUCUGCUCGGUAGCCCGGAGAGAGAAUUCUUUUACGAUUUUGAGAAAAACGAGUACGUCUUUGACCGCGACCCUCAAGUCUUCAGGCAUGUCUUGAAUUACUAUCGAACCGGUAAAUUACAUUACCCUGAGGAUGAAAGGCUCAUAGCUUACGAACAAGAUUUGUCAUUCUUCGGCAUAGACGAACAAGAUCUCGGACAUAUGAUCAGCCCAUGUUGUAGAGAGGCAUAUCUGGAUAAAAAGGACGCUCUCAUCCAAUUCCAGCCACUCAUUGACCAGUACAAACCACUUCCUGAGCCAAAAUGUUUCAGGGAAAGCUUAUGGUACUCCAUGGAAAACCCCCAUCGCUGUGCAUUUGGAGUAGCUUUCUUCUAUGUCACAAUGGUUUUCAUCGUUGUGUCGAUUGCCUCAAACGUAAUCGAAACGUCGCACUGCCCCGGGCCCAAUGAAAACCAGUACAUGUUCUGUGGACAGAGAUAUCCGUUGGCAUUUGCUGCCAUAGAGUCGGCGAGUGCCUUAGUCUUUACGGUGGAGUACAUCUUACGGCUGUUCGCCUCUCCCGACAGAUGGUCUCAUAUGUGGAAAGCAAUGAGUAUGGUCGAUCUCCUCAGCAUUCUACCGUAUUAUGCGACUGUGUGCCUACCAAAAGAUUCAGACCUCAACGGAGCCUUCGUGACGAUGAGAGUUCUUCGUGUGUUUCGGGUCUUCAAACUCUCUCGUACAUCUCACAACCUUAGGCUUUUGGGAUACGUCCUAAGGUACUGUAUUAAAGACUUGAGUUUUCUAUUCUUCUCACUGGUGAUGACCAUGGUCAUAUUUUCGACAAUACUUUAUUAUGUCGAGCGAGGAGGCACCGGAACUUUAUUCACCUCGGUUCCAGCGACAUUCUGGUAUGUGGUCGUGACCAUGACAACCUUGGGGUACGGUGAGAUGGUAGCCCAGUCCUCCCUAGGGAAAAUCGUGACAGGACUGUGCUGCGUAUUUUCCGUACUCUUGUUAACUCUUCCGGUUACCGUUGUCGUGUCGAACUUUAACAACCUCUACAAGCCCGAGAAGCUGAAGAAAGAGGGUGUUUUCUCGCCAAAACGAAAAAGAUGCACGGGUCCACGACUGGGAAAGAAAGAGUUCAAGAUGUUCCAAGCACAGCACAAGCACUUACUGAAGUGCAUGGAAACCGCAACCGAUAGGAAGCUGACCGGACUUGUUUUACGAUAUAGUUAUGGGAACGAGUUGAGGAUAGAUGACGAGGACGACGAGAUCGAACAAGAUCUAAUAAAACAUGCUGGACUGUGUCCUUCAAGGGGAAGCAUGACCUGAUGUAUUCUGUAUAGAGAAACGGACGGAAACCAAACGAUACAGGGGAAAAAUCGAGUAAAUAUCCUUAUGCUGCAUAUGCUGCACAGAUGGUGAGUUGUUUAACCUGAGAUAUCGCUAUGUGUCGUUUGCCUCUUACUCUAUGAUAGUUUUCAACACUGCAAGUUGAAUAAGUGGUAACUUACGUUCACAAUCUAUACUUCGACAUGAUGCUGUAUUAUAUGAUUGCUAAUAGAUAAUGGUUGUUCAAUCCUCAACUAUCAUAACGGUUAUUCGGAAUUCAAGUCACCAUGUCGCCAGGAUGUGAUUUGUAAAUCCUGUUAGUUCGAAGCCUUUCAUAGCUUUUGAGCUGGAAUAUUGUCCUUGUGACGAUCAGUACCGUAUGCUAAAAAAUAUCGGGCACCGUUCACAGUGGCGGUACAUUUUCAUUAGAUAUCUCAGCUAUCAUUUCGAGUGGCAUUCGUUCGACUUAUUGAGACCACUACUUACAAUUUUGUCGACAAUAUAUACCCUUCAAAAACUGCAUUGGCCAAAUCUAUGAGCGAUGCUGUGACUAAUAAUCACUGACAAAUAUCAAACCAUACUUGUAGACAAAUGAGCGACAUUUACCUAUUCAUACUGAUUACUCCCGCGUGAGCAUAUUACCUUGAUGCAAAUAUAUCAUGCGAUGGGAUAUGAUAUCUUACAUUUGCUAUGGUUGUCAGGAGUAUAGUUACAAUAUGAGUAUGUAUAUCUCUACUUCACGUUUGGUUUCCUCUAUCUCGAAAGCAACAGACGAUUGUGACCGUGACUGCACCAGAAGCAUUAACUGAUUGCAAUCUGUCCUCCCAUGGAUUAUUAUCCUUUCAAGGGCAUCUGAAAUUAAAAUCUGCAACAUAAUCAUGCCGAGAUAAUUACAUGUGUCAUUAAGAAUUGUUUUAGCAAAGGUAUGAAUAUAUCAUUAAGCACAACAGAGACUGACGGCAACACAUAGAGCUGUUUGCAGUAUCGGAUGGCUUGUUCUAAUAACCGGAUGACUCGCGCAGGCAGCAGAGCUUCUCAAUAUCAUAUCAACAUUGGCCAUGAGUGAUUAUCCUGUCAUCGCUGCAUGUGAUGUUGUAAGCAAAAGGAUUCAAGGAGCGUAUCUGCAAUAACGGUUUCGGUUUUCCACAUCAAAUUUGAACGGUAUGUAAUCACUAUGUUUACUGUAUAGUGUCACUCCAGGAAAACAU